AUGUGGAAACUAAAUAAUAACCGCGGUCGGCCCCAACGGGCGAUAAGCCUAUGGGACGUUAUUAUUAUUAUUAUACUUAUACAUGAAUUAUUAGCAAAUAUUUUUAAACCAAAUAAACCAAUGUUAUCUAUAACUGAUCUGACAAAUCUACUUGGACUUUUAUCAUUAUCAAUUAAUUCAUUUCAAUCAUCAUGUCAAAUUACUUCACAAGAAAUUAUUAAACAAAUUAAAAUUACAACAAAUACAUCAACAAUAACGAAUCUUUUACGAACAGUUCUUGGUCCAACAUUAGUACAAAUUUAUCGAUGACGUGGUUUAACGAUUAAUUUUCCUUCUUGGUUUUUAUUACUUUAUCAAACAUGUCUUUCAUUACUUAAUACUUUUUCUAAUACUCCUCCAUUAAUAUCAACUUAUGAUAAUCUUUCGAUUAUUUUUGAUACGGAUUAUUGUCAUAUUUGUAAACAACUGUUUAGUUUUUUAAAAAAUACAAAAUCAUUUGAACAAACUUUUAUUCCAAAAGAUAAAAUCGAUCAUUUUAAUAUUAUUGUAAAUAAAAUUAGUCCAUGGAUUAUUGUUAUCAAAUCUAUGAUGUCAGAUAAAGAAAAUCAUCAAAUAAAUAUUAUUAAAAUAUCAGCAUAUGAUGAAGCGAUUUCUCAUGUAAAUAAUCUUCUUCGUUCAUUACUUUAUCACAUUCAAUUAUCAAAUCAUAGUGAAGAUCAAUCUAAAAUGACAAGAAAAAAACGUUUCAAAUCAUCAAUGUGA